AUGCAAACUCAACAGCCACCAACGAGCUCAGCAUUUAAAUUUAUUGAGCGUCGUAAAAAUGAGUGGCGUUGUCUUUUCUGUUGUCAUGUCAGAACUGGAACAAUUUUUCUUGGACUAUGGCAUUUGAUGCUGCAAUUAUUAGCUAUAAGUACAUUGGGAGUGUUUUUGCGCCACCCAGAAUUAUUGAAACCUAUUCAUAUAACAAGAACUUCAAUAAUAGAACAUAAUGAUUUACCUACUGCUUUAGCUGAACGUAACAUGCCAACUGUCAAUUUGAAUUCUGUUUCAACUGAUGGUUCUGCGUUUUCAAAUUAUGAUCAAGAUGAUAUGAUUGAACCCACUGCUGGUGGUACAAAAAAUGAAGAAUAUUAUACUUCUUAUGGAAUGUUUACGGGCCGUCCAUGGCGAUAUGAGGAUUUAAAUUUUGCUGUAUUUGUAUUAUUCUGCACAUUAGUUAUUACCAUUUUUAUGAUUUAUGGUGCUAUUAAAGGGAAACCUAGGAUGUUGAUACCAUUUUUUUGUAUGCAAUUAUUUGAUUUAUUUGUGACUGUAUUGUCAGCUUUGGGGUACAUAUGUUACUUACCAGAUUUUCAUCGUCUCAUGAUCCGUACUAAAUCUGAUUAUAUACCUAAUGGUGUAACUUCAAUAAACCCCCAAUACAUAUCCUUAAUUGUCAUUUUUUCUUUGACAAUUUCAAUAAUAUCAAAGGGAUAUUUUGUUGCCGUCGUUUGGAGUUGUUACAAAUAUUUGACAUUAAAACGAUCUUCUGCUCUACCUACUAUACACUAUAUAGAAUCAAACUUUGUUGUUCAGAAUCUCUUGCGCCCAGACUAUGAUUUUAACUUGAAGAAAUUUCCUCCUCCACCCCCUUCGUAUGCAGUUGCUGUUGGAGAAGAUAAUGUUAGCCGUCCUGAUGUACCCCCUCCAUCAUACAAUUCUAAUUAAAUAUCGUAUAAUUCAUGAUGAUAUGUGUAGUUUCACAACAUUUCUUUAAUAUAACAAAUAAAUAAAACAAAAUAAGGAAAGAUAAUACCUACCCCAUAGAAAGACUGGAGGUAAUUUAUUAUUAAAAGCAAUUAGAUUCAUCGAGAAACAGUAAAUCAAAUGUUAAAGCCAUUUUUUUCAAUGUUCUUAUGUACAAUCUAAUCUAUUGUUACUUUUAUUUCCUGUUGUAUACAUUUAAUUGAAAUAUUUAUUUAUUUUUUUAUGUUAUGGUGCAAAUGUUAGUUAUUCUUUUUACAUGUAUUUGUCUUAUAAUUUAAAUAUUUUAGCUAUUCUGAUUUUUAAUAUUAUGAAUUUUAUAAAAUUUUGUCUUUUUUUAGUGUCCUUAUAGCAAUAUACUGGUUUUUUCGCUAAA